UUAUAUCGGGGCCAUUUUCAUUCCAUAUUCGUAUGCCCAUCUGAUGUAUGCUUAUCGGACAGUGUGACGCCUGCAUUAAGAUUGCAAUGCUUUAUUUGAUUAUGUAAUACCGUACGUAUGUUCUGGUUUGUCCCCCUUGACAACAGAGCGAAGUUUAAGUUAUAUCAAGGUAUGUAUACUGGUAUGUUUACAUGGAAAAUGAUAAAAACUACCGUUAUCAUUCAUUAUUAUCUAAAAUGUUUUCUUCAUUUCAAAUCGAAACAGAAACUUAAUUUAUUACAAUGUAAUAUGAAAUCAAUGAAAAGCUGCCAUUCAACAUUAUAAACUGAAAUUAUUAAACUCACAGUAUUUGUGUGGGAAAAAUUAAAAAAUGGAUUCAUGUGACAUCCUCGUAUACUGUUUGUCAGGACUGUUGUUUUGUGCGAUAAUUGCCUGUCUGGCUAUGUAUUUAUGCACCUAUACAAAGACAAGUGGAGCAAAAUUAAGAAAGGAAUUAUUACGAGUUAGAGAGGAGAACUCACAACUAGAAGAUGAACUUAGAAAGGAGACACAGGAAAAGAAUGAUGCCUUGAAACGUCUGAGCGCCAUUAUGUCAAGUCGUUUGAGGGAUGAAAACUUUGAUAUAGCAGAUCUGAGCGACGGAAAUCGUCCAACCAAAGUGGGAGAACAGUUUUCAGAACUUUAUGACAAUCAAUGGACAGAUGCAUACGAUACAACCAAGAAUUUCUUCGAGAAUACUAUAACAGAACUUGAAAUAAUUCAAAUACUUCUAGAAAUAGUAAAGGAAUGUUUUACAGAAUGUAAAGACGUAUCAAUAAACCAGAUGGAAAAGUUAAAGGAGAACGUGGCAAAUAUUACCGUCAUUAUUACAAAGAGUGACAGUCAACUUCCGUUUUAUCUGAUGCAACGUAUUAAAAUAGAGAGGAAACAAUCCGCCCCGAACCACAUUCCAGCAGUGGAUAUGAUUCUACCUAGGCUGGAGCGGAACUUCUCAUCGAAAAACCAAAACCCAAAAUUUCUUCAUGAGCCUUCUGUUAAAGCAUACGUACAAGAAUGUCUGAAACUUUCGUGGUUCAUGGUCAUACAAGACCCUCCAAUGACAAUGGUACUUGAACCUGCAUCCAAUGAUUAUAAAUACUUUAAGGAGUACAAGAAUCGAGGCAAAUUUCUUAGUUAUAUUGUAUGGCCAGCUUUGCUUUUACAAGAAGAAGGUGAAUUGAUAUGUAAAGGUGUUGCAGAGUUCACUAGCACCUCUUCGUCUCUAAAUUCAGAAGUGGAACUAAGAGUAUAUUUUGGAUAUAAUUGACCUGUAUAUUUUGGGUAUUAUCGUUAAUAUUGAUAAAAUUUCAAGUUCCUGUGGGGAAAAGUAAUAUUCUUAUCAUGUAGCAUGCAUACCAAAGUUCAUAAUGAACAAAGUCUUUCGUGCACCCAUUCAUGAAUGAUAUGCAAUUCUUGUAAAAACCAAUUAACCAUUGAAAAGUUUAUAAGAAAAUCUCGUCAUCAUAUGUCUACUAGUUCAUCUUAACUUGCUGCAUUUCUUGCUUGGACGCCUUUUGAUGCUUUGUAUCAAUGUUUUUCUUGUAUUCACUUGUUUUUGCCUGACAUAGCUGCUUACCUUAGAAUAAAUUUACGUGAAGUGGUCCAUUAUAGAAGGUCUGAAUUACCAUUCAUGACCAUGUUGAAAGUAUUUAGUAUCAAAGGUGAUAAUAAACCACGAAAUAAUCAUACAUGGAUGUUGUUGAUAAGUUUGAGAUAUAUGAUUCGAUAAAGAUAUCAUUAGAUAUCAUUAUAUUUUUUCAUAAAA